UGGCGUCAUGUUUUCCAUAUUAACAGUUCGAUGGCACGGUUUUGAUUUUGAUUUCACUUAUAAAAAAAUUAUGUUUUUAUUAAGUAUUAUUGCCAAAAUAUUCCUUUUUUUGCCUAUGAAUCAAAACACCAGUCGGUCAUAAAGGCUGCUUGUAAGCUAUGGUAGUGGAAUGUUCAAUUUUACCAAUUUGAUGACCUAAACAAAGGCAGUGGUUGUUGUGGAGCUGGUUGGCAAAAUGAGUUCCUCAAAUAUAUACUCUUCGGAUUUGGACGAAGAAACAAGACAGAAAAUAAAAGGUGAUAUGAUAGGAGAUUCUCUUUACAGUGAGUCAUUUGUAUUGAAAACUCUUCUUCAACUUUCGGAUUUAAAAUGGAAUAACGAAAUUGAAGAAGAUUAUUGUUUUUUAUGGGACAUGACCGCAGACACUGAUGUGUGUAAAUAUCUUUUUAAUUUGGAAUUUCCAGCACUAGCAUGUAGUGCCAUAAGUAGAAUUGAUGAGCCUAGGUUUAUAGAAAUUAUUAUAGGUAUGUUAGCUAAUUUGCUUUGUGCAGAAUGUGAUAAAAAUAUAACAGAAGAGGAAAUUAAAGUUGUUCUCAGAGAAUUAGACACAGAUGAUAGUUUGGUUUUGAUACAAGUGAAUCGAUUUAUUGCUGCAGUAGCCCAUUCAUAUGAUACUUUGCCUUUUUUAACGACUACUGAAGUAGAUAAACUAAUCUUUAUUCUUAACAACUCUGUAAAUAAGGAAUUAAUUGAAAAAACUUUAGAAACUGUUUUAAAAAUAACUGAUAACUUUAAAUUGGAACAAGGAUUAGUAAAUAUUCAACUUUAUAAAUCUGUAAUAACAGGAUUGCAAACAAUUCUUGAUAUUAGCAGUUCAGAUUUUGAAGUUAAUGACUGCAGUAAAACUUUAAUAAGAUUUUUCUUACAGAUUGUUACGAAUGUUUGUAGCUACACUAACAAAUUUUCAGAUGACAAUUUAGUUUUAGCUAUUUCCUCAUGUGAUAUGUUUAAUGAAGCUUCUAAAAAAGUCUUGGAAUAUCUUUCUAAAGAAGAGAAUAUCUUUCCACUUGAUAAUCAGUUAAUAUUUUACAUCAAAGCACUUUCCUAUAUUUUUAUUAGUGUGGAUUUCUGUUUUGUAGACUCUAUAUUUAUUUAUUUUUGUAAAAUAUUAUUCAUGCUUCAUGAAUCAAAGGAGGAUAUGUUGGAUGUUUACAAGGAAACAGUCGGAAUAAUUGGGUAUUUUAUUUUUGUAGGAAAUCAAGAAGUAAUUUUAAAUGCUUUCAAAAAAAUGUUAUAUUUGCAAGCAAUUUUUGUAUUAAAUUCUUUAAAACAAAAUGAAACUAAAAUUGAAGGCAAUAUAUCUGCGAAAUUGAGGUAUUUGUUUAAGGAAUUUAAGUAAACUAUCCUGUGAUAUACAUUGGAAUUUAUUCCUUAUAACAUAAAAAACUACUUUCCUACUACAGUUCUUGAAAAAACUAGUUUGCAUAGUGACUGUAAAACCUUGUGAAAUUUGCUGCUACUGAUAUGAGAAAAAUAGAAAAUGAGUUUAGUUAUUUAGAAACAAAUUUUAGUUAUUUCUCUUUAUCGUUUAAAGAAAUGAUACAAAGUCACAAGUGAAGAGAUUAUUGUUCAUUAUUGAAUAAAAUAUUUCUAUAAAAUUUUAUAACACCUUUUAUUACUAUGUCUAUUUUCAUCCAUUAAUUUGUUUUUUCUACUCCCUUCGGUAAAAUACCUAAUUAUACACCAGUAUAGCGUGCGGAAAGCGUCACUUUACCACGUGAGUUUAUUGUCCCACGGAUUCGAGUCAUUUCGCACGGGAUUGGGAGCAAUUGGAUAUUUUCGGAGAUUAUACCCCACGGCUUUAAUUUUAACGUUUGUCAAUUCUGAUGUCAGUGAAGUACCCAAAAACUAAGGGUCGUAGAAAAAGUAUAGUAUGCAGCAUGUUCGGUAAACGUCCCUGGUUUAUUAAAAACUCCCUCCGCUAGUGCCAAA